UACGCUAAAAAAUAAAAUAAAUUUAAAAACUAAAUAAUAAUAAAAAUCCAUCGAUCUCUAUUCUUAGCCCAUUUCCUCUUCCUAUAUUCUCUAUUCUUCAAUUCUCAUCUCGCAUUUCUCUCAACAACAAAUCUUACCAACAAAAUGGCUUCACCGUCUCCUCCGGUUCUCCCCAUCUCUAAUUCCCAGCCUUCCAAUGCCGCCUCAGCCGCAUCAGCCCAGUCGCAGCCUCCCAUCGCUACUCCAGCCUUCCGCGCCUUCAUCAACCAAAUAUCUGACUCUGUCCGCCAUGGCAUUUCCCAGCGUCGCCCCUGGGCGGAACUCGCCGAUCGUUCCGCCUUCUCCAAGCCUGAAUCCUUGUCUGAGGCCGCCCUCCGUGUCCGUAAGAAUUAUUCCUACUUUCGUGUCAAUUACUUGGCCGUUAUUGCCCUCAUCUUGGCUUUCUCUUUGCUUUCGCAUCCCUUGUCACUCUUGCUCCUUCUUGGUCUUUUGGCCGCUUGGCUAUUUCUUUAUCUUUUCCGCCCUUCUGAUCCGCCUCUCGUCCUCUUCGGCCGUACAUUCACCGAUCGUGAAACCCUCGGGUUGCUCAUUGUGGUUAGCGUGGUUGUGGUUUUCCUCACGAGUGUCGGAUCUGUUCUCAUAUCGGCUCUCAUGGUGGGAUUGGCUAUUGUUUUUGCUCAUGGUUCGUUUAGGGUGCCUGAAGAUCUUUUCUUGGAUGAGCAAGAGCCUGUUGCUACUGGAUUCCUGUCAUUCCUUGGGGGUGCCGCCUCCAAUGCCGCUGCGGCCGCUGCUCCUGUCGUUGCUGCCCGCGUUUAAGAUUUGAUGUGAUUUACGGGAUCGAGAAAUCAAUAUAGUACUCUCUUGAUUAAUUCAAGUUUUUAGCUUUUGGUGGACAUAAUAAAUACAAAUUCCAUAAUUUUGAAGCGUUUUCAUUUAAAAUUAGGGGGAAAUUUGAUAAAAUUUGUAUGGAUCUAUGAUGUUUAGUAUGAAAUUCUAUAUUAUAUUCUUGAGUCUAUAAAGUUUUCAAUUCUUAGGAUGUAUUUUGAUGGUACAGGCUGUAAUUGAUUUACAUAUCGUAACAAUAAAUUCUUUUUUUUUUCUUUGA